UAUUGGUCUAAUAAAGCAAAGGCUAGCCCAGUCGGCAGUCCGAGGUGUAGAAGUAAAACUUGUGAGAGUUUUGGGCUGCAGUAAAGCUUGUAAGUAUGGCUACUCCAGUGGAGGCGACGGAAGAGGUUCCCGAGUCCACUCAAGUGGAAAAGGAAAGUGCUUCUUCUCCCGAGGCUUCACCCGAGAAGGAUUUGAUUAAGUUAUUUAACGAGACAAUGUCUGCUAAUGAGGCAACGUUUGUUGUAUUCUACCGAGGACUCUGGUGACCCUACUGUAAAGCAUAUCUGAGGGAGUUCAAUGACCUCUACUCAGAGAUGCAGGGCAAGGGUGUGGCUUUAUUUGCAGUGUGUGCUCAACCUCAGGAGUUUGUCGAUCAAAUCGAGACAGACCUUGGUCUCACGUUUUCAUGCUAUUCUGAUAUUACGCACAAAUUGAGGAACUAUUUAGACACUGAACAUUACAUUACUGUUAAAGUGUCUGGUGGCGAAGGAUCGAAUGAUUCUAACUUUUACAAAGUUCAUCCAGAAAUCAAGAAAUAUAAGUAUGGUGUAGUUCAACCAGCUGUUCUCUGUAUAACUAAAGAGAAGAAAGUUUUAUUUGCCUGGGCCAUCGAUCCAAGUGCUAUGAAUAUUGGUGGUGCCUCAGACAGGCCAGUACCUACUGAUAUAUGGCAGGCUGUCAUGCAGAAGUUGAAUAAUCCAACUGAUGAGACCCCAAUUGAUAGCUCUCAAUUAAGAGUUCAUGGAGCACGAUCCAUAUGUACCAUCAUAUAGAUGGAAAUAGCUACUGCACUAGUUAGUGUUGUGACUUUCAUUUUUCAUGUUGCUGUAAUACUAGGUUUUUGACUGACUGUCAUGUGUUUCAUUUUAAUUAUUAUUUAUAAUCUUUCUGUUACAUGGAGUGAGUUGUGAAGAGGUGUCAAUAAAUUAGUUGCUAUUGCACUGAGUGUCAUCUCUGAUGCUUUAUUACUUCACUUUAUGCUAACUUGAAAGAUUUUUUCUGAAAUAUACAAUUAUAAUAAAUUUUUUGAAACAUAAUUAUAA